AUGAGCACUCCUCCUGCAGAAAACCCUAAUAUGGAUGUGGAGGUGGUGUCUCAGCAAAUGGCAUUAGUUAGCAACAUCCUGGCGGCAUACACCUUCAUUGCAGACCAGCCGGAGAGGACAGCAUUGGUGUUUCUGGGUGGUGUGUGUAUCGGCCUCUUUGUCACACUCUGUGCCAUCGUCUUCCAAAUACACUGUCGAGCCGACUGUCACUAUGGCAACAGCAACCGUCCUCACCAUCACCAUGGCCAAGGGCAUCGCCACCGCCAUGGUCAACACCGUCAUCUGACUGGCGGUAACCCAGAUAACACAACUGUUGUAGUUUCCGGGGGGAGGGGCCAGGCAGACAACGAAUCGGAGGACUGGGAAGACACGACGUCAGACAUGUCAGCACGGCGACGGAGACGCUUUGAGAGAGCUCUCCUGCACACCAGUGUGUUUACAUCAGCUGAGGAGCUGGACAGGGCCCAGCGGCUGGAGGAGAGAGAGAGGAUUCUACAUGAAAUCUGGAUGAACGGACAACCAGACAUCAGUACUGUCACCCAAAGCCUCAAUAAAUACUACUGACAAACAGACAGGCAGACAGGCGGACGGAUAAAAAGGC